UUUCGUUUUCCCCCUUCUUCACUUCACUACCAGCGAAGCUGCAACGGAGGAAACGAGGAGCCAGAAGGAGCAACGAAAUAAGCGUGGAAUUAUUCUCGCACAUUAACAGAAGGAAAGAAGAGUCCUCCGUCUGUCGUCCCAUGCUCCUGUAGUGCAUUCCCUCACAGAGUGUUGGAGAUAUCAUGGAAACUGAAUGAUGAGGAGUUUUGGGCUGGACAGCAGCUGACGGACUGAACCAUGGCUCAGUUUCCCUCGCCCUUCGGAGGGGGGUCGGAUACAUGGGUAAUAUCUGUGGACGAGAGAACCAAACAUGACCAGCAGUUCCACAGUUUGACCCCCACACCUGCUGGCUUCAUCACAGGUGACCAGGCAAGGAAUUUCUUUCUGCUAUCGGGUUUACCUGCCCCCAUCCUCGCCCAGAUAUGGGCCCUGGCCGACAUGAACAACGAUGGAAAGAUGGACAUGCAUGAAUUUUCCAUCGCAAUGAAGCUGAUUAAAUUGAAGCUGCAGGGUCACCCCCUCCCUCCUUCACUGCCCACCUCCAUGAAGCAGUCACCCCUCACCAUACCCCCGCAGCCCCCUUUUGGGAUGCCCAGUAUGGGGACAAUGCCAGGCCUGCCAGCAGUGCCGCCCAUGCCCCUGCCCCCUCUGCCCCCAGGAGUGCCGGGAGUAGGCGUGUCUCCACCACUGGUAUCAUCAGUGACCCCAGCGGUACCAUCUCUUGCUAACGGAGCACCCGCUAUGAUACAACCCAUGAGUGGAUUCUCACAUCCAGCUUCGUUCAAUCGUUCCAGUAUCAAGCUACAGAAGGGCCAGUCUGUAGAGGCACCCAGUGCUCCGGCUGCUCCUCCACCCACUGACUGGGCCGUGCCUCAGUCCUCUCGGCUCAAGUACCGCCAACUCUUCAACAGCCAUGACAAAAUGAUGAGCGGUUAUCUCACAGGUCCACAAGCCAGAACUAUUCUAAUGCAGUCCAGUCUGCCACAGGCCCAGCUGGCAACCAUCUGGAACCUGUCAGAUAUAGACCAGGACGGAAAGUUGACUGCAGAAGAGUUUAUUCUGGCCAUGCACUUAAUUGACAUGGCCAUGUCUGGUCUGCCUCUUCCCCCUUUAUUGCCCCCUGACUUCAUACCUCCAACAUUCAGGAGAGUGCGUUCUGGAAGUGGAGUGUCGGUGACCAGUAUUCACCCGACAGACCCACGGUCUCAGGAUGAGCCAGAGGAGGAGGAAAAAGAGGCAGAGAGAAAACUUCCAGUCACAUUCGAGGAUAAGAAACGAGAGAACUUUGAGCGUGGAAACCUGGAGCUGGAGAAACGUCGGCAGGCACUGCUGGAGCAGCAGAGGAAAGAGCAGGAGCGACUGGCGGCCCUGGAGAAAGAGGAGCAAGAGAGGAAGGAGAGAGAACGACUGGAGCAGGAGAGACGCAGACAGCAGGAGCUGGACAGACAACUGGAGAGACAGAGAGAGCUGGAGCGACAGAGGGAGGAGGAGAGACGCAAGGAGAUCGAGAGAAGAGAGGCUGCUAAGCGGGAGCUGGAGCGUCAGCGACAGUUAGAGUGGGAGAGAACACGCAGACAGGAACUGCUCACCCAGAGAAACAGAGAGCAGGAAAAUAUCGUCCUGCUCAAAGCACGGAAGAAAACACUUGAGUUUGAACUGGAGGCCCUGAAUGAUAAGAAGUCACAGUUGGAGGGUAAACUGCAAGACAUUCGUUUCCGUCUCUCAGCUCAGAGGCACGAGAUCGAGAGCACCAAUAAGACGCGAGAGCUCCGCAUUGCUGAGAUCACUAGCCUGCAACAGCAGCUGCAGGAGUCUCAGCAGUGGUUGAGUCAGUUGAUUCCUGACAAACAGUGUCUGAAUGACCAGCUGAAGCAGGUUCAGCAGAACAGUCUGCACAGAGACUCUCUGUCUAGUCUUCAGAGGGCCAUUGAAAUGAAGGAAUCCACUAAACAGCAGCUGAGAGAACAGCUGGACGCUGUGGAGAAGGAGACACGUUCCAAACUAUUGGAGAUAGACGCCUUCAACACACAGCUGAAGGAGCUGAGAGAGAUCCACAACAAACAACAGAGGCAGAAACAAAAGGGGCUGGAGGCUGACAUCACCCAGCCGUCACAUGGCAGGAAGUCCACAGAACUGCAAGAGUCUAGGUUGUCAGGGACAGAGGAUGGUGUGUCUCCUGCAUGGAGAGAUGAUGGGGUGGGUAAAGCGCCCACUCCUCCUGUGUCUCAGGCUUGGAUAAGCCAAGUGAGUGAAGAGGAGAACCACAGCAGAGCCGAAGUACAUGAAAACCUCUCCAAACUCCUCCCACAGCAUCCGCAAUCAGGGAAACUACAGGCUCCGUUCCCGUGGUCUAUGGCAGAUAAGAUUCCAGUGUCUGGCUUUAAUCAGGAGAAUGUAAAGGUGGUCUACUAUAGAGCACUGUAUCCCUUUGAGGCCCGCAGUCAUGAUGAGAUCACCAUCCAUCCUGGAGAUAUAGUGAUGGUGAAGGGAGAGUGGGUGGAUGAGUCUCAGACAGGUGAACCUGGAUGGUUAGGAGGAGAGAUUAAAGGGAAGACUGGCUGGUUCCCUGCCAAUUAUGCAGAGAAGAUUCCAGAAUCUGAAGUUCCUCUUAGUUUGAGGGCUAGCGCUUCUUCUAGUCCCUCCCCUAAAUUGGGUUCCCAUAUGUCCUCUGCUUCUUCAUCGACCACAGCCACACCUGUGCAGCCAGUCUCCGCAGAGUCUGCAACGAUAGCCCCGCCCUCCUCAGCCCCUGCCCUUCCAGGCCCCGCCUCCUCCUCUUCCUCAGCAUCCAGUAACUGGGCAGAUUUCAGCACUACAUGGCCAACUAAUUCCACUGUGGAGAAGCAGGACAGUGAUGGAUGGGAUGCAUGGCCAACCCAGCCCACUCAGCCGUCCCUGUCCGUGCCCAGUGGAGGGCAGAUCAGACAACGCUCUGCUUUCACCCCGGCAACCCUCUCCGGCUCCUCACCCUCACCUGUGCUCGGCCAGGGUGAAAAGGUGGAGGGUCUGCAGGCGCAGGCUUUGUAUCCAUGGAGAGCCAAGAAAGACAAUCAUCUAAACUUUAACAAGAAUGACGUGAUCACCGUCCUGGAGCAGCAGGAUAUGUGGUGGUUUGGGGAGGUUCAAGGGCAGAGAGGAUGGUUCCCCAAAUCUUACGUCAAACUCAUCUCUGGGCCCGUCCGGAAAUCUAUGAGUAUUGAGUCUGGCUCUUCGGACAGCCCUCCCAGUGUUAAGAGACCCAGCCCAUCUCCAAACAAACCCACAGAUCUUGGAGAAGAGUAUGUGGCCAUGUAUACAUAUGAAAGCAGUGAGCAGGGUGACUUGACCUUCCAGCAAGGUGAUGUCAUCACGGUCACAAAGAAAGAAGGAGAUUGGUGGACCGGCACUGUGGGCGGGAAGACUGGAGUCUUCCCCUCUAAUUAUGUCAAACCUAAAGAAUCUGAGGGUUUGGGAUCUGCUGGAAAAACAGGAAGUUUAGGGAGGAAACCAGAGAUUGCCCAGGUGAUUGCUCCUUACACAGCCACCGGGGCAGAGCAGCUCACCUUAGCACCUGGCCAGCUCAUUCUCAUUCGCAAGAAAAACCCAGGAGGAUGGUGGGAAGGAGAACUUCAGGCAAGAGGAAAGAAGCGUCAGAUUGGCUGGUUUCCAGCUAAUUAUGUAAAAUUAUUGAGCCCCUGUACCAGUAAGACCACACCCACAGAGCCCAACCCACCCAAGCUGCCAACACCCAAUGCAGUGUGCCAGGUGAUUGGCAUGUAUGAUUACACGGCUCAGAACGAUGAUGAGCUGCCUUUCGGGAAAGGCCAAAUCAUCAAUGUUUUGAGCAAAGAGGAUCCUGAUUGGUGGAAGGGAGAGCUGAAUGGUUCCAUUGGCCUUUUCCCAUCAAACUACGUCAAGCUGACCACCGACACAGAUCCCAGCCAACAAUGGUGUGCCGACCUCCACCUGCUUGACAUGCUGACCCCAGUGGAACGGAAGAGGCAGGGUUACAUACAUGAGCUUAUUGUUACAGAGGAGAACUAUGUCAAUGACCUGCAGCUAGUCACUGAGACGUUCCAGAAGCCUCUGCUGGAGUCGGAAUUGUUGACUGAGAAGGAGGUGGCCAUGAUCUUUGUCAACUGGAAAGAGCUGAUCAUGUGCAACAUUAAACUGCUCAAGUAUGCCACCUACUGAUUAACACAGAGGAAAUCCUGACUCCAUCAUUAGU